GGUUGUUGUGUUUGUGAGUGUGAGGAAGAGAGAGUGAGAGAUGGAGAAUUCCCAGUUCGACGUGAUAAUAGUGGGAGGUGGCGUCAUGGGUAGCUCCACAGCUUACCACGCCGCCAAAAGGGGUCUUCGUAUCCUUUUGCUCGAACAGUUCGAUUUCCUUCACCACCGUGGCUCCUCUCAUGGUGAGUCACGCACCAUUCGAGUAACCUAUCUCCAAGACUACUACACCCCUUUAGUAAUCGAGUCCUAUAAGCUCUGGCAAGAAGCUCAGGCCCAAGUUGGCUACAAGGUCUACUUCAAGGCCCAUCAUUUUGAUAUGGGCCGUUCCGACGAGCCCACUUUACGCACCAUCAUCGACAACUGCCGGAAACUCUCCAUCCCCCACCAAAUCCUCCGCCGCGACCAGGUCGCCGAUAAAUUCUCCGGCUGCAUCGACAUACCGGAUAAUUGGGUAGGGCUGUCCAACGAGUACGGCGGCGUGAUAAAGCCCACAAAGGCAGUGGCUAUGUUCCAAACACUAGCGUACAACCAUGGUGCUGUCUUAAAGGACAACGCCGAGGUAACAGACAUCAAGAAAGACACAGAGGGUGUCGUGGUUUUCACCGCGAACGGUGAAAUGUUUCGCGGUAAAAAAUGUGUGGUAACUGUGGGAGCUUGGGUGAACAAGUUAGUUAAAACGGUUAGUGGGGUUGAACUGCCAAUACAACCUUUGGAGACAACGAUUUUAUACUGGAGGAUAAAGGAAGGGUAUGAAGGGAAAUUCACCAUCGGUGGCGAUUUCCCGACAUUUGCCAGCUAUGGGAAGUUUUAUGUAUACGGAACACCAAUGUUGGAGUACCCGGGUUUGAUUAAGGUUGCGGUGCAUGGAGGUAACCCUUGUGACCCGGAUAAGAGGGUGUGGGGCCCCGGAAUUAUGAUGGGUGUGUUGAAACAGUGGGUGGAAGAGAGGUUCAUGGGGAUGGUUGAUUCCUGUGAGCCUGUGAUGAAACAAUCUUGCAUGUACUCCAUGACACCCGAUGAGGAUUUUGUGAUUGAUUUCUUGGGUGGGGAGUUUGGGAAAGAUGUGGUUGUCGGUGGCGGGUUUUCGGGUCAUGGAUUCAAGAUGGCUCCAGUGAUUGGGAGAAUAUUGACUGAACUUGUGGUUGAUGGGGAAGCAAAUGGAGUUGACAUGAAACACUUCAGGAUUGGAAGGUUCAAGAUAGCCCCUAAGCUUUAAUAAGUAUCUUCCAUGUCUAUCCCUUGCUCAUCUCGCUUUGUCCUCUUGUGUUAAUUAGUUUCUACUUUCUAGUGUCGUGUGAGUUUGUGUAGUAGUCAUGAUCGUUCCCAGGAAAUUCUAAAUAACUUCUUUGGUUUACAUGAUAAACCCCCACCUUCUUGUAAUAAAAU